AUGACUUCACCUCCCAACUCUCCUGGGAACCCGCCCCAGCGACCGCAGAGCGCCAUGAUCCGACCGACCCAGAGGAGUAGCAGCCGGAUGAGCACGUCGAGCAAGGCUGGAGGCGGCAGCAGGGCUUCUGAUGAGGAUGGCCGAACAUCAGUCAAAGUUGCCGUGCGCAUCCGGCCCCCAUUAAAACCUACCGACCCGGGGUUCGACCUAAUCCCCCAGCGCUUCCAGAGAUCUAUGGUCCAGGUCAUGUCAAACACGACCCUGGCCAUCGAUGCGCCCCAGGGCCGCAAGUCUUUGUUUUCGACCGAGUCUUCUCCCCCGAGCGCCGGAAAGUCCUACACUAUGGGCACCUCUGGUCCUAACGAGCAAAACGAUUUAGACGUCAUGGGUGUGAUCCCUCGCGCGGCAACCGCGCUGUUCGAGAAGCUCGAUGGUCCCAAAGGUAACCCAAAUCGCGGUUCUAUGUCGCAGCUGCGCACUCCGGCGAGGUACUCUGCCCAGAUACCCGCGCGCAACGCAGACAAGCACUGGGCCCUGAAGGCGACCUACGUCGAAAUAUAUAACGAGCAACUGCGGGAUCUUCUGCUGCCCGAGCACAUACCUGCGCACGAACGCAGCCCCGUCACAAUUAGGGAAGACACUAAAGGCAACAUAAUUCUAACAGGGUUGCGGCAAAUCGAGGUUAACUCCGUGGAAGACUUGAUGAAUGCCUUGAAUUUCGGGUCGACGGUGCGACAAACUGAUGCAACCGCCAUCAAUGCAAGGUCAUCUCGAUCACAUGCUGUGUUCUCUCUGAACCUCGUGCAGAAAAAGCCUGGCUUCCCUGGGGGCCACGAUAAGCGACACUCUAUGCCGGUCGAGGCGAUGGCCGGCGGUGAGACCUGGACUACGACAGACAGCAAGAUGCAUUUCGUCGACCUGGCUGGAAGUGAACGCCUCAAGAACACCCACGCUGAGGGAGCACGAGCCAAGGAAGGAAUUUCUAUCAACGCUGGUCUAGCUGCACUGGGCAAGGUUAUCUCCCAGCUCUCUUCGCGGAGCGCGGGUGCACACGUCUCUUACAGAGACUCAAAAUUAACGAGACUCCUGCAGGACUCUCUUGGAGGCAAUGCGAUCACAUACAUGAUCGCCUGUGUGACACCAGCAGAAUUCCAUUUGAGCGAAACCCUGAACACCGUGCAGUACGCGCAGCGUGCUCGGGCUAUUCAGAGCAAGCCCAGGAUCCAGCAGGUCGAGGAGCGCGACAAGCAGGCCCUGAUAGACCGCCUCAAGGCAGAAGUAGCCUUCCUGCGCGAGCAGGUCAGAAGCUCUGAGCGGGCAGGAGGUGACAGGCGUGCGCUGCCCCCCGGGGAAAGGUCUGAGCGACAGAACGAGCGAGAAUCCGAAUUGCAAAACCAGCUCCUGGAUGCCCAAGAGAAUUAUUCGUCCCUGAGCCAAAGACAUGCCAAACUCAUCGCCGAAAUGGCCAAGGCAAGAGACAUGGAGGAGGCAGAGAAUGCUCAACACGAAGAGAGCUUGGGCGAGACCGCCACCGAGAGGCUGAAUCGAUCCAACAACUUCGCCCAGGCGGUCGAACAGGUCGUCCUCGAAUACGAGAAGACCAUCCAAGCACUGGAGCAGUCCCUCUCUGGCACACGAGGCACACUUCAUAACACGGAGACAAACCUUUUGGAAAAGGAGAGCAAGCUGGCAUAUGUCGAAACAAUCAACACGCAGCUCCAGACCCGACUUCAGAAGCUCAUGGACAGGGAAGCCAACACCGAGAAUUACCUCCACGAUCUGGAAGCCAAACUCGACGGACACACGUCCGGUGAGGAAAAGAACGCAACCAUCAUCACCGAGCUUCGUAAGGAGAUUGCUCGCGUGAGAGAGAAUGAGGCCAGCUGCGAAGAUUACAUUUCCACCCUCGAGGAGAGGUUAGCCGAGGCUGACCAGGACGCCGAGCUCAUGCAGCGCGAGAUUGACCGCCUGGAGCAAGUAGUCGAGCGCCAGCGAAGCCUUGGCAAGCUGGACUCCUUGUUGUACGAGCUGGACCACAUGCAAAAGGACUCGAGCGUUCCGGAGCCAGAGGCCGAGCUGAAUAACGGGACGAAUCACCGCCGGAGCGUGAACCGCAGCCUUGCCGAUCAUUCCCGUAGCCAAAGCGUCAGCGGCCGUCAAAGUCGCAUGGAAGAACCAAUUCCCGAGGACAGGGAGGAAGACAUACCCGAGGAAGGCGCCAUCUCGGCCAUUGCUGAGGAAGAGCACGACGCAGACGAGGGCGCCCGUACCAAGUCUGCUCCCGAGGCUGACUCACAGCUCGAGUACCCUACAAGCCCUGCCCAGUCGAAGUUCGUCCAGGACAAGCUGGAGAAUGUCACGCACGAGUUGAUGGGCCUCAGGGUCGAACACGAAAACACUCUCAACCAAUAUGAACUUCUGCACACCAAGUAUGAGGAGUCUCUCAGGACUCUGGCAGAAUUGCAAGAUACAAUCGACGAAGCCCGCCAUCCACACCGGCCGCGCGACUCUAUGCUAUCCGUCACUUCGCCGUCCGAGAACCAGACGAGGCCAUCCUCUUUUUUGUCGGAGCCGAGGUCGGGCCACACGAAGGAUGGCGGACCGCCGUUAUCCUCGCGUUCGCUAUCCUCGGAAUUAUCAUCAGCCAUGGAAUUCCCAGCUGUUGCGGAGGUUUCUGAUACGGAGACUGCGAAGCCCAAAUCUGAGGAUCGUGCCCCAGAGACCUCUCGGGAGCAGCCGUCAACAGCGGAGGCGCAUGGCCCAGCUAAUGACGAAACCGACAACUCAGCAUUGGCGAUAGAAAUUGAGCGGCUGGCAGCCCUAGCAGCCCAAAAAGAGGCAGCAGAAAAGCAGCUCGCCGAGAAGUACACCGAGCUCGAGAAGAAGCAUCAUGAGACCCUCGACGUUGUCGAAGAGCUCAAGACUGAGGUUGCAAAGGCCCGUCACAAUCUCGAACCGCCCUCGCCGAGAAAUGGCACACCCGUCAUUCGACGUAAAUCCAGUCAAAACGUGAUGAUCAUCGAUAGGGCGCACAGGUCAUUCGCGUCGCUCCGUAAUAUCGCCGCGGACAACUUCGAGGAGGACCCUGAAACAAUGCAGAACUUCGAGCUCAACCUGAACGCCGCUAUGCACGAGCUUCACGCCAGAUCGGAGAGGAUUCAGGAGCUCGAGGCUGAUGUGGCGAAUGCGAGAAAGGAGAUGGAGACCAAGAUGCAACUCAUCUCGGGCCUGACCCGUGAGCGCUCAAGCCUGAAGGCCUCCGCCAAAGAUGUCUCGCUCAUCUCGACGCUGAGAGAUCAGCUGGAGAAGAAUGAGCGACAGCUUCAUGAGAUGCAGGAAGCCCAUGCUGUGCGCGAGAAGGAACUCCAGAGCGAGAUCGAGAGUCUGCGUGUUUCAAUGGAGGCUGCUAAGACCGACGAGAAGAAAGCUGAAGCCGAUGUGCAUGUCGCAGAUCAGGGAGCUGUGCACGAGCAGAGAAUUGCGCAGCUCGAGGCUGACCUAGCGGAUUGGGAAAAUAAGCACACAUCAGCCUUGGACACCAUGCAAAGCACCGAGCAGCAGAUGCGCACCACCAUUGGAGACCUUGAGGCCCAGCUUGCCAGCGUCAGCGCCCAACUCAAAGACUCUCCUCGUUCGCCAGAGGAUCAGAGCGACGUACAGCAAGCCGAAACAAAGACCGAGGAACUCAUCUCCACGCUCCGCAGCGAGAUCGACGGGCACAAGGCCGUUAUCAGCAGCAAUGCUGCCAGGGUGACCGAGCUGGAAGAGGCGCACAGCGCUGUCAAGAAGGAGCUCGAGGAGGCUCAUAGGGCCCGUGAACUAGCCAUGUCAGAGGUUGAGGAGCACAAACAGCUGCUCGAAGGCCAUAGAGACGAGCUGGACAAGGUGCAGCAAGAAGCUGACCAGCAGAGGUCAGAGGCCGAGGCCCACAAGCACGAUGCUGAGACGCAUUCGCAACUCGUGUCGACACUCGAGAACCAAAUCUCUUCGCAUGAGCAGGUCAUCAAGACCCACCAGCGGAGCAUGGAGCUGCUCAGGACAACCCACGCCAAGGAGAUCGAGGAUCUCCAUGCUUCGUCGAAGCAGGAUGCCGAAGCGAGGGUAGAAGCUCUCAAGGCAGAACACGCCAAGCACACCAAGAAGCUCGAGAGCCAGCUGACCGAAGCGCGCGAGGACCUGAUGAAGGUAGCCACUCAGGUUGCCUUUGCACUUGGGUUGGACGUCAGCGUCGAACUCAUCUCGGAGCGCAUCGAAGACCUCAUCGCCGACCAGAAGGCCUUCACUGAGGAGCAGAAGAAGGCCACCGAGCUUGAAAAGGCGGUGCACGAAAUCUCCAACGUCAACGAUUCUCUCACGCAGGAUCUGGAGUCCGUCAAGUCAACAUUGUCUGAUAUUCUCUUGGAGCAAGGCGCCGAGCUGAGGAGCCCAUACCCGUCCGUGACUGAGCAAGCCACCGUGAUCAAGAGGAAGAUGGUGGAUCUGCAGAGCAGGAACAAGAAGAACUCGCGCCUGGUGGACGAGCUUGAGGAACAACUGCAGAGCAACUUCGACCAAGUCCAAAUGACGAACAACCGGCUGUCGACUCUUCAUGAGCGCAACACUCAGCUGGAGGAGGCCCUUAAUGCCAAGAACACCCUGCAGAACGAGCUGAACUCGCUGAGAGAGCAAUAUGCAUCUCUCCAGAACAAGAUGAACAAUGGUGUUAACGGCGACACCAUGGGGCGCUCUGAUUCGCUCAACGGCCAAGUGCGCAAGUCCGCGUCCGUCACCUCGCUACCUUCACCACCUCCAGCAAUUCCACUGCCUCCAUUGCCUGGCGGCGUCUCCUCCUCUGGCACAACAUCGCCCAUUCCUGGCAUGCGCCCGCCGUCCAAGGACAUGGCAAUGCACCAUAUCCAUGAGGACCAGGAGGCCCGCAUCCGCACGAUCGAGAAGCACCUCUCGGCGGAGAAGCAGCUCACGUCGACCCUGGAGGAGGCGCUCACCGACCUAGAGCGGCAGUCCAACAAGGUCAAGGCGGACUGCGACGCGUGGCGGCGCCGAUGCACGGAGCUUGAGACAGAGAUGAAGGCCCUCAAGGAGAAGCCGUCGCAGGACCCGCGCUGGAGCCUCCAGCAGGUCGAGGAGGAGCGCAAGAAGCGCGAGGCUGCGGAGAGGGCGCGCGCGCACCUCGAGGAGAGGAUGAACGCCAUCAACAAGAAAAAGAAGAAGGGCAGCCUGAACUGCUUCUAA